UACUUGGCCGUGAUGACGUCAUCAGACAAGAGCCUGAGGUAAACAUCUCCGAGUGAGAGCGGCCGCUGAGGUGAGCCCAGACGUGAGCCCAGACGCUGCACGGUACUCCACUCUCUACCUUCCCUCCUCCACCUCUCAUCAUGAGGCGAGCACAAAAUGCUAAUAUGGGGCCAUAUGCCUACAAUCAGUAUGGCAACAACAGUGAUACACAAAGAAUCUCUGAGGAAAAUGAGGAAAUGACAGUACAACUAAAAGAGAAAGUUAAGGCACUGAAAUCGUUGACAAUUGACAUAGGGACAGAAGUACGAAAUCAAAAUACAAUGUUGAGUGAUAUGGAUGACGAUUUUCUGAAAUCUGGCAAUUUCUUGGAGCGUAGCAUGAAACGUUUAGGUAUCAUCGGCAGUGGCUCUCAUAACUACCACUUGCUCAUCCUCUUUGGCUUUUGCUUUUUUGUCUUUCUUCUGUUGUGGGUGGCUUUAAAAUUUAGGUGAUAAUUUUUUAAGGAAAUAAUUUUGUUUACUGUACUGUCCUUAAACUAUGGUAAGAUUUUUUAAAUCAUUGUUAUGUACAAUUACCGGUAACAAAUUUUUUAUAUAGGUACAGUACUGGAAUUGUAUUUUGAAAAUGCUGAAAUGCUUACAUUUAAGAUACUGUGCAGUAUAUAAUUACUUUACAGUAAGAAUGGUGUCUUUCUCCUAUUUUGUACAACUAGACUAUAUAUAUACAGUAUAUUUUUUCUCCAUAAUAGCAUUUGUAAGCAUUGGUCAAGUGUAUUGAUGAGCAAAGCUACAUGACUCGGUGCCACCUAGAAAUGACAUUGGCAUAUUUAAAUACAAUUCAAAAUUUUACAUAUCUAUAUACUGUAGUAGGGUAUACAUUACCCCAUUUCCCACUUUCAUGGGAUCGUGAGUAACAUUUUUUAUUGUACAGUAUUGUCAUUGAAGGAAUUAAAAGUAACACUUAACCCAUAAAAAAUUCUAAAUGUUCUUCUCUUAAGUCAAAUGUUAUAUUAUAGUACACAUAGUGCUCUAAAUCUAGCUAAGGAAUAUCUAUAUAUAUUCAGAUAAAAUUUAUGAUGUCAUAGAAAUAGAUUUAAGUAUGAUUGUCACCUUAUUUAUUAAAAUAUUUUUGGUGAAGACUGCAUUAGUAUUACAGUACUGUACUACCAUUAUAUAUGUAUAAUACAAAUUGGAGAGUAAUUGGUCUCUGUUUGUGAUUAUUAGUUCCACAACAUUUCUGUAAUUCUAAAAAGUUUUAUUAUUGAUAUUCUAGUGUGCCCUGCUUUGGGCCUAUGUUCAUACUGUAUUGUAAUCCCCAUAGAUUUGAAGAGAUUUAUUUUGUGAUAAAACAUAAUAAAGUUAUCCUACCA